AGUGUUUGUCGCUGGAGUCUCAGUUUGUCUUCUUCUGGAGAAAGACGCAGUUUCACCGUCACUUCAACAAACGGAGAAAAUCACUAUGAAGAUCCUGCUUUUACUGGUUCUGCUGGGAAUACACAGCGCGAGCGCAGGAAUUCACUCUCUGAAGUAUUUCUACACUGGAUCAUCUGAAGUCCCAAACUUCCCACAGUUUGUGGUUGUUGGUUUGGUUGAUGAUGUUCAGAUGGUUCACUAUGACAGCAACACAAUGAGAGCAGAACCCAAACAGGACUGGAUGAGUAAGAACACAGAUCCACAGUACUGGGAGAGUCAGACUGAUGGCCUUUUGGGUCAACAGCAGACCUUCAAAGCCAACAUUGAAAUUGCAAAGAAACGCUUCAACCAAACUGGAGGUGUUCACAUUGUCCAGUUAAUGUGUGGCUGUGACUGGGAUGAUGAGACUGGAGAAGUUAAAGGUUAUAAUCAGUAUGGUUAUGAUGGAGAAGACUUCAUAGUAUUGGACCUGAAGACAGAGACAUGGAUCGCUCCAUCAUCACAGGCUGUCAUCACCAAAAACAAAUGGGAUGCUGAUAAAGCUCAACUUGCUUAUUGGAAAAACUACCUCACCCAGGAGUGUCCUGAGUGGGUGAAGAAGUACGUGGAGUAUGGGAAGAGCUCUCUGCAGAGAACAGAGCUUCCCUCAGUGUCUCUCCUCCAGAAGUCUCCCUCCUCUCCAGUGACCUGCCACGCUACAGGUUUCUACCCAAACAAAGCCUUGUUGUUCUGGAGGAAAGAAGGAGAGGAGCUUCAUGAGGACGUGGACCACGGAGAGACUCUGCCCAACCAUGACGGAACCUUCCAGAUGAGCACUGACCUGCGAGUGUCAUCAAUCCCACCUGAGGACUGGAGGAAGUAUGACUGCGUGUUCCAGCUCUCUGGUGUGAACGAGGACGUUGUCAAAGUACUGGACAAAGACGCCGUCCAAUCCAACAGAGUGAAGCCAAUGGACACGACCAUCAUCAUCAUCGUUGCAGUGGUUGUUCUUAUCGCCAUCAUCUUCGCUGCCGCUGCUUUCUUCUUGUACAGAAGAUUCAGUGCCAAAUCCGCCCCAUCUCCUGCGAGCAGCACUGAGGUGCAGCAGCUGAACACUGAGAGAGAAUAAAUGACAAAUACAUCACCGUUCCUUUGUUCACGGAAAUCUUUGUGUGAUCGUCCAAAACAAAUCCACACAUAGUUCCACUUUCAUAUUCCUGGUGUUGGGUAUCGUCAUGGAAACCAUGAGAAAUAACACAACUCCAAAUACACAUUGACUAUAUAGGCUUUCUUUUCAUUCUCUGGUUGUGUAAAAUCACUGGGGACAACAGUGUAAGUCCAUCAGCGUCGUUCAAUCACACAUUUACAACGUGGUAUAGAGACUGUAGAUUAGCUGCAGGUGUCAUUGUGCUUUUAUUUGUGGCACAAUGUUUUGCCUCUUUACUCAACAAGAUAGAAAAUGAUUGGGCACAUUUCCACCUGGUUUGUGUUGCAUCUCUAAACUCACUGUUAGUUCGAUUUGCAGAAAUCAGGGGUGGAGCCACUCCACAGGGGUGGAGUGGCUCAGUGGUUAAGACCCUACCUUGUGUACCAAAGACAUCAUGGUCGCAAGUUCGAUUCCACCCCUGGCUAAUUGUACUUGAUUCCAUUGUAAGUCGCUUUGGAUAAAAGCGUCUGCUAAAUGACAAUGACAUGUAAUGUAAAAAUCUCUUUCUUCACUAUAUACACGAUGCCACAUGUUGAUAAUAAUGAUCACAUAUUCAGUGAUGUAUCGGCUGUAGAUCCAAGACACAAACACACAUUAAACAAUAAGCAUCAGUGCUCGUCUGAUUUUCCACUUAAAUAUUUGGCUUGUAUAUAUCUUUCGAAACUUUAAAUGUUAAAAAAUAAAUAUUAUCUUUUUGAUAAUUAUCAAUGUCAUGUUUAUUGCAGUUAUAAUAUCCUAAUAUAUGUUUUGGUCUGUUGAUUGUAUUUUAAUCAAAUGAAUUAAUACAAAAGGUGUGGGGUUUUUAAAUUGAAUAAGUAUUUGUAUGUGUUUUGGUAAAUUAAUUAAUGUUAAAAUAAGUUGCACUGUUAUUGCUUUCCUUUUUUUACUUGUAUCUUGCUUUUCAAUAUUCAAUAAAUCCCCUGAUUUUCCAAAUUUA